AUCAGCGCCAUUUAUUUAUCAGGAAUUCCAGGCUGUGGCAAAAGUCAAAUUGCUCGCCAAGUAGGACAGGAAAUUUUUGACGGAAGAUUGCGUAAGGACGAAGGUCUAACAUUUGUUGCAACUUUGAAUGCAGAAACCCUUGACUCACUUGCCGACUCCUAUUUCACUCUAGCUAGAAAUCUGGGAGUUACGGAAUACGCUCUGACCAACCUAGCAACGUCCACGAAGGCCGACUCAAGUGAAAAGAUUCAGCAUCUGAAGCGUUUCAUAUCUCCAAAUAUAAAACAAUACUUUAACUGGCUGAUUAUUGUGGAUAAUGUGGUUGACCUGUCCUUGGUUCAAAGUUAUCUGCCUCCCACCGCCAUUGCAGAAUGGGGCCAUGGACAGGUGCUGAUAACAACACAAGAUACCCGCUCAAUACCGUCCAAUGCUUCUUAUACUUACCAUGAGUCUCUCAGUAGAGGAAUGCAUGCAGAUGACGCAGUAGUUCUUUUAAAAGAAGUCUCCCAAAUUUCGAACGAACAACAAGUUGAGGAGGUUGCUAAGGUUCUUGAGUAUCAGCCACUUGCCUUAGCAGCUGCUGCAGUCUACGUACAGACGAUUGCCAGCUAUGAUUACCCUAAUUAUGGUUGGACAAAAUACCUGCAAACGUUUAACAGCAACGAACGCGAAGCCAGAGAGGAGCUUUUUGCGAAACAGAAUGUAGCAUAUCCCAAAACGACAAAUACUGCCAUCAAAAUGGCAAUAACUCGAGCUUUGGAAAGCGACGAAGUUCUUCGUGAAGUAUUCUGUUUGUUUUCGCUGUGUGCAUCUGAUUCUCUACCUAUUGAGGCUGCCAUUGACUUUGUUAAAUUUCGUACAAAACAGAAAACAAACGAGUUGAUCAGAGCUAGAAUUCUGAAAUCCCCCAUGAUAAGUUGCUUGUAUGACAAAGAGGGUACACCCACUUACGUCAAAGUGCAUGAUGUGGUUCAUGGAGUACUUAAAAACGUUUUUACUUCUGUCCUCCACCAGACACAUAAAGCUCAGUGCUUUUCUGUCGCUGUUAAGGUUUUUGAUGCGUUAAUUGAAGACAAGGACCUACUACGUGUUAGUGGGGAAGCGUGUGUAAAGUUUCGAACAAUUACCAGUCAUUGUAAAGAAUUAUAUCAAUUUUUCAUUACUAAUUUUGCAAAUACAGAAAUAGUUAAUGAAUUAUUCCCCUCCAUUGCUCCUAGCAUCUUAGUUUCCUGGCUUUCCUCGACUGCUGAAGUCUGUUGCCACUUAAGCAGUAUAUCGGACGCACAUCUCUUUUGUACGUUAUCCUCUCAUCUUGUCAACUAUCUCAGUGAUGCACUGAAGGAUAAGCUUGAAAGGGCUAACUACUUUAAAGUGCAAGGCGUUGUUUAUAUGGCCAUUGGGCAAUGCAGCCUGGCUAAAGAAUACCAUGAGAGGUCUCUGGCCGUUAGAAGAGAGAUUUAUGGUGACCACCAUGGUGACGUGGCGGCAAGCUACAACAACCUUGGGCUUGUUUGCAGUGCCCUUUGCCAGUACAAUCAGGCAAAAAAAUACCAUGAGAGGUCCCUUGCCAUUACCCAAGAAAUUUAUGGUAAACGCCAUAGUGACGUAGCGGAAAGCUACAACAGCCUGGGAAAUGUUUACCAUUACCUUGGUCAGUACAAUCAGGCUAAAGAAUACUAUGAGAAGUCUCUUGCCAUUAGAAAAGAGAUUUAUGGGGAACACCAUGGUUACGUAGCGAGAAGCUACAACAACCUGGGAGCGGUUUGCGUUAGUUUCCGUCGGCACAAUCAGGCAAAAGAAUACCAUGAGAAGUCUCUUGCCAUUAAGAAAGAGAUUUAUGGGGAACACCAUGGUGACGUAGCCGCAAGUUACAACAACCUGGGAGAUGCUUACAGAAACCUUGGUCAGUACAACCAGGCUAAAGAAUACCAUGAGAAGUCUCUUGCCAUUAGAAAAGAAAUUUACGGUGAACGCCAUGGCAACGUAGCGCAAAGCUACAAUAACCUUGGAACUGUUUGCAGUUCCCUUGGUCAAUACAAUCAGGCUAAAGAAUACUAUGAGAAGUCUCUUGCCAUCGGAAAAGAGAUUUAUGGGGAACACCAUGUUGACGUAGCGAGAAGUUACAACAACCUGGGAACUGUUUACAGUGACCUUGGUCAGUACAAUCAGGCUAAAGAAUACCAUGAGAAGUCUCUUGCCAUCAAAAAAGGGAUUUAUGGUGAACACCAUGAUGACGUGGCGCAAAGUUACAGAAACCUGGGGCUUGUUUGCAGUGACCUUGGUCGGUACCGUAAUGCUAAAAAAUAUCAUUUGAAGUCUCUUGCCAUUACAAAAGAGGUUUACGGUGAAGGGCAUGUCUUUGAAGCAAUGAGUUAUUUCAAUCUUGGUAAAACUUAUUGUAGCCUUAAACAGUACCUUUUUUCUCAAGAAUGUUUUGAAAAGGCCCUGAACAUUUAUAAAACGCUUUACGGCAAUCACCAUGCUACUGUGAAAAGAACUGUCAACAACUUA